AUGACUACUGAUUCAGUUCCAGAUAAAUUUCAAGGUUUUGCUUCUGAUAAGAAAGAAAAUUGGAACAAACCAAAAUUAGUUUCUUAUGAUAGAAAACAAAUCAAUCCUCAUGAUGUUGUUCUUGAAAAUGAAGUUUGUGGAUUAUGUUAUUCUGAUAUUCAUACUUUACAAUCCAAUUGGGGUGGAUAUAAUCGUGAUGAUUUAGUUGUUGGUCAUGAAAUUGUUGGUAAAGUCAUUGCUAUUGGUGAAAAAGUCACUGAAUUCAAAAUUGGUCAACGUGUGGGUAUUGGUGCUGCUUCAUCUGCAUGUCGUGAAUGUAAUAGAUGUAAAUCUAAUAAUGAACAAUAUUGUCCUAAAGCUGCUUCUACUUAUAACGGUAUUGAUGUUAGAUCUAAUAAUUAUGUCACUCAAGGUGGUUAUUCAUCUCAUUCAAUUGCUGAUGAACAAUUUGUUUUCCCAAUUCCCGAUGAUUUGCCAAGUGCUUAUGCUGCACCAUUGAUGUGUGCUGGUAUCACAGUUUUUUCACCAUUAUUACGUAACUUGGGAAGUGAUGCCAAAGGUAAAACUGUUGGUAUUAUUGGAAUUGGUGGAUUAGGUCAUUUGGCUUUGCAAUUGGCUAAAGCUUUAGGUGCCAAAGUUGUUGCCUUUUCAAGAACUUCAAGUAAAAAAGAUCAAGCUUUGAAAUUGGGUGCUGAUGAAUUUAUUGCUACUAAUGAAGAAAAAGAUUGGUCAAGUAAAUACCAUGAUACUUUUGAUUUCAUCUUGAAUUGUGCUUCUGGUGUUGAUGGUUUGAAUUUGCAAGAUUAUUUGAGUGUUUUGAAAGUCGAUAAGAAAUUCAUUUCUGUUGGUUUACCACCAGCAACUGAACAAUUUGGUGUUUCACCGUUCACUUUCUUGAAACAUGGUGCCUCAUUUGGUUCCUCUUUAUUGGGAUCCAAAGUUGAAGUAUUAGAAAUGUUGAAAUUGGCUGCCAAACACAAUGUGAAACCAUGGAUUGAAGAAAUUCCAAUCAGUGAAGAAAACUGUUCUAAAGCUUUAAACAGAUGUCAUGAUGGUGAUGUUAGAUACAGAUUUGUGUUUACUGAAUUUGACAAAGCUUUUGCUAAGUAA